AUGCCACCAGAGCCAGCAGGGUCAUGGCCAAUUAUCGGUCACCUGCAUCUUCUUGGAGGAGCAAACCAGCUACUACAUAGAACAUUUGGGGUCAUGGCCGAUAAGUACGGGCCAAUCUUCUCUGUCUGCCAUGGAAUUCGUCGAGUGCUGGUGGUGAGCAACUGGGAAAUUGUGAAGGAAUGUUUAGCUACCAACGACAUGGUUUUUGCUGCACGUCCGAAAUACCUGGCAGUAAAAAUCAUGGGCUACGACCAUGCUAUGCUCGGCUUUGCACCUUAUGGGCAAUAUUGGCGUGAUAUGAGAAAGCUAACCAUGGUUGAGCUCCUCUCAAACAGCAGGCUUGAGAUGCUCAAGCAUGUACGGGACACAGAAACUAAGUUGCUUCUGAAGGACUUACACGACAGAUCAAUAAACACUACAAAAAAAAUGGGGUAUUAG